AUGCCCGCCAUCCGUCAUGCCUCCAAGCGCAAGCCGCCGCCGGACGGCUUCAGCGACAUCGAAGAGGACCUGCUGAUCUUCAGCAACAAGUUGAAAGAUGCGCUGAACGCGCCUACAGACAACAUCCCCAAGCACCAGGCGCAGUGGCCCGUCUUCCAGAUUGCACAUCAGCGCAGCCGCUAUGUGUACGAACUCUACUACGAGAAGGAGGCAAUCAGCAAGCAACUGUACGAGUGGCUGCUCAAGAACGGGUACGCCGACGCGAUGCUCAUAGCCAAGUGGAAGAAGCAAGGGUAUGAGAAGUUGUGCUGCUUGCGGUGCAUCCAGACCAAGGAGACGAACUUCAAUUCGACGUGCAUCUGCCGCGUGCCGAGGGCGCAGCUCAAGGAGGAUCAGGAGGUGCAGUGCGUGAGUUGUGGGUGUAGGGGAUGCGCUUCGACAGACUGA